AUGGCUGAGCUUUAUCAGUGCAUACCCAAGGCUUUGCAUAAACCAAUGGAGACCUACCCACAGUUUGGAUCAGUGUUUCGUGCUGCGGUUAAUUCCGAGAGGUCAAACAUACUGCAUAGUCUCAAGGACUGUGCCGGUUUGAUCUUCUCUUCAUUAAAACUUGACCUGACCGUCUUCACUGACGAGGCUGCCAAAAAGAAGGAGAAUGCGCAACUCCUUGCUCUUUUAAAGAAGGAUGUCGGUGGCGAAAAGUAUACACGUCUAGCCCCCAUUCUGUUCAUGGAUCCUUCUGCUCUAGUUCCAGAUGCCUUCCUCAAAACACCAGUCAUGGCCAAGAUCAUCCGAGUUGAAAUAUUCGGGAAGGCUUCGCUGUCUGGGAAGACCAAAGGUCAUCUGAAGGCCAGGGGUGCUGCUAUUGUGGCGCAUUUCUUGUUAACGCAUGAUCAAGAGCUCACAGCAACCGGACCAGCCACGAAAAUUGAUUAUGCACAAGACUUUGAUUUUUACUUAGAGCGACUAUUCAAGCGCAGCCCAUGGGCUACGAGUGUGAUCAACUAUUACAACCAGGAGGUUUUUGGCACGAGCUCAGUCCUAGCUACUAGUGGUACCCCUACUCCACCCUCUGCCUCCCAACCUCACACCUGGGAAGACGACUUCUUACAGCAGUUAGAAGAUCCUGCCUCCGCACCACAAACCAUCCCCAUUCCCGCACCACAACUUCUGUCAUCUUCACACAUCAUUUAUGCUCCGACUUCUGCGAGUCAUGCUGACAUGAAUGCAGUCGCCACUGUCAACUACCAGACUGCAAUGUCUAUCAGCAAUCCGGGAGGGCCCGCCACCACCACUCAGCUCCAACUCGAAGUUGACAUUGGUGAGCUCUCACUGGAUGGCACUAGAACUGACUUGGCGCCAUCUGCAUCCAAGGGUGGUAGGGUGUCUGUGGCUCAACGUCAAGUUACCGCUCAGGCUGCUCAGACUCUGGUGGACUCGGACGUGGUCCCUGUUGUUCCUUUGGCUCCUCCUCCAGCACUCAAGCAUGUUACAUGCAAUGGUGGUGCCAAACCGAGGAAGGUGUCGGGGAGAAAGAAAUUUUAG